AUGACCACCCCCCAAGCCCGACCCGUGCUCGAGCCGGGCAAGAGCGACGACGGCCACAAUGAGCUCCAGCAGCACCUGCAGCUCGAGGCGUUCGACCACAAGUACCUCACGGCCCAAGAGAUCCUGCUGCUCCAGCUGUUCCAGUCGGCAGGGGACGCCAGCGCAGCCUCGAGCUACCGCCCGCACGGCAGUCACUCGGCUUUGACUGGAGCGGCUGGAGCGAGUUCAACUGCGUCCCCCAGCGCGUCGCCGGCCGCGCCACUGGGCCGCAAGAGCUCGUUGACGCUGACUGGAAAGAGUGCGGUCUUGGGGGGCGCCCCGCCGCCGUCGAUGGCGACGCCCAAGCGGCAGAUCUCGUCGGACCGAGCGCGCGUGCAGAGUUUCCUGGCCCAGCGCUCGUCUUCAACGGCAAUAGGCGGAGGAGGAGGGGUAAGUACUGGCGGAACGGGCGCGAUGACAAGCACAGGUCCGAUGUCAAUGGGCGCGCCAAAGCCGGUUGCAGCAUCAGCAGUGGAACGCGCGAAGCUCUUGAUGGCCAAGAAAGCUGGCGGAACGAGGACGACUGUGCAGUCGGCAGCGGUCAAGCGGACGAACCCGUUGACGGACAUUCUACGAGGAGGAUCGGGCAGUGUGGUGGGUGGCGUGCCGAGUGUCAAGAGACCGAGGAGCAGCAAGAGUGACAAGCCAGGGGAGAUUAAGAUCCAGGGAGGACGCUCGUCGAUUCAAUUGCCACUGGAAAGUUUCCUCAAAAGUGACGACUGGGACUCGGCAACCGGAACACCAUUGGAUCUCGUGCUUCCUGAAGUGGCGUUUGCGACGAACAAUACGCUAAUUAUCCAUGCCACGUUGCCAGCAAGAUCGUCCCGUUGCUGUUUUAACGUCAGUACUCAAGCGAGUAUGCUCAGUGGCGCGCCGUAUCCUGGCACGGUGUUGUACCACUUUAACCCCCGUCGUCAGCGAGGAGGACAGAUCAAUCAGAACAGCAACAUUGAUGGACGGUGGGGAUGUUCACAGCCAUUGCCACGCUGCCCAUUGACGUUCGGCGAGCCGUUCACACUGCGCUUGACAGUCAUUCCGACCGGCUUUCUCGUGUUUAUCGAAGAAAUCUUCCAAGAUGAGUUCAAGCACCGCGUGCCUGUCCGUGAAGGCGAGAACCUCGUACUUACCGUUCCUACUCGAGAUGAAAAUGGAAAUCCAGAGGGUGUCAUCGUUCACAGCGUAUGGUGGGGACACGCAGAGGUGCCGCCUAAUCUGGAUACCCGUCGACGUGGAGUCAAUGGCGGGUAUCGAGGGCAGAAUUUUGACGUAUACGUGGGUAACCUUCCGCAAGGCACCUCACGCGAAGAACUCUCGUUUUUGUUCCAGUAUUUGGGGUACGACACCGUGCGCAUCACGGCUCGUGGGUUCGGUUUCGUGACGUUACGCAGUGCGGAGGAUAUGAACCGAGCUGUCGAAGAUCUGGAUGGGAAGGAGUUCAACGGGAUGAAGCUGCGUGUGUCAUGUGCUCUUCCUCCGAAGUAA